AUGGCGGAGGAACUACUUCUGGAACACAAUGGAAAACCCAGCGCACAUCUUACGAAGCCUCUGCUGGCGGUGGCGUUCCUGGCCUCGUUCGGCAGCUCCAUGCUCUAUGGCUACAAUUUGGCAGUCGUCAACUCUCCUGCACAGUACAUCAAAGACUUCUACAAUGAGACGCUAGUAGAAAGUUACGACUGGACUCCAGAUGAGGAGCUCCUCACCCUUUUGUACUCCUUCACCGUGUCAAUCUUUGCGAUCGGUGGGAUGACUGGGGCCCUGCUGGUGGGCAAACUGGUAACCAAAUACGGAAGGAAAGGGACGCUGGUGAGAUCCUCUAUGCUGGUGUUUAUAGGAGGAGCUCUUAUGGGUUUCAGCAGACGGUGCAGGAUGCCUGUGAUGGUCAUUGUUGGACGCUUCAUCACAGGAGUACACUCAGGUAUCUCUCUCAGUGUGGUGCCCAUGUACCUCGGUGAGAUCGCCCCCAAGAACCUGCGGGGCUUCCUGGGCCUCGUUCCCAGCAUUCACAUUUGUCUUGGAGUCUUCAUCGCUCAGGUCCUGGGACUCUCUGAGCUGCUGGGAAAGGAAAAGUACUGGCCUCUGCUCCUGUCCCUGAUGGUGUUUCCUACCAUCAUCCAGCUGAUACUGUUGCCAUGGUUUCCAGAGAGUCCACGAUACCUGUUGAUAGAGAAGGGAAAUAUUCACGCCACCAUUGCAGCCCUGAAGUGGUACCGUCCGAAAGGAAACAUCCAGGCGGAAGUUGAUGAGAUGCAGGAGGAACAGCGCUCUCUGUCCUCCAUCCAGACCCUCUCUGUUUGGGGCCUGCUCAGGGACCGCUGUGUUCGUUGGCAGGUCAUCACCAUUGCGGUGGUCAACAUCGGCAUGCAGCUGUCUGGAAUCGAUGCGAUCUGGUUCUAUACAAAUGACAUUUUUAAGGACGCAGGAAUCCCAGAACCUCUAAUUCAGUACACGACUGUGGGAACUGGUGCCAUAGAGGUCAUCUCUGGGAUGCUGGGGUGUUUCACUAUUGAGCGUCUGGGCCGAAGACCUCUGAUGAUUGGCGGCUUCCUCUUCAUGGCUCUCUGCUGUACUGGCAUCACAGUGUCUGUCCUCUUCCAAGCGCAGCUGUCCUUCAUGCGCUACAUCAGUGUCGGCUGCGUUGUGGGGAUUAUUGCUGGUUUCUGCAUCGGUCCAGCGGGUGUGCCUUUCCUGAUCACUGCAGAACUGUUCAAGCAGUCACACCGACCGGCUGCCUACACUGUGGCCGGAUGCCUCAACUGGAUGUCCAACUUCACCAUUGGCUUCGUCUUUCCCUUUCUAGAGGAUGCUACGGGUCCUUACUGUUACCUGAUCUUCUGUGCGAUCUGCUUGGGAGUGGCCGUCUACACCAUCUUCGUUAUCCCUGAGACCAAGAACAAAACCUUUAUGGAGAUCAGCCAGCUGUUCGCUGCCAAGAACAACAUCCUCGAAGAAGAGUUGACUUCCAAUGGUCAUCUGAAAAUGGCUCUGAUGAACGGCUAUGGAACAGUUAGGCUUAAUGAAAAAUAA